AUGUCCAUGUCAUCCCAUCUUAUCACCCCAAGUCAAGUCCAAACUGAAUGUGAACUGUUAUAACCUAACCUUUUUGAAAUCUGCCUUUACUUUCUGAACAGCUAGGUGGAUAGCUAAGCAAGCUAUAGGGAAUGUAGGAGUUGCUCUUCUUUCCUCCCGUCCUCUAUGUAAAACUCAAUCCCUCCCUCUCUUUAUAUUUGUGUCCUCUUAUAGGAAAAGAAGACUACGUGGCGACCUUCAAGGGAUCCGAGUUCUUCUGCUAUGACUUGUCCUUGAACCCGAUCCAGAGCAGCAGCGACGAGAUCACCCUGUCCUUCAAGACAUUACAGAGGAAUGGUCUGAUGCUUCACACUGGGAAGUCUGCAGACUACGUCAACCUGGCCCUGAAAAACGGAGCUGUAUCGCUGGUCAUUAAUUUGGGGUCUGGGGCCUUUGAAGCUCUGGUGGAGCCUGUCAAUGGGAAAUUCAAUGACAAUGAUUGGCAUGAUGUCAAAGUUACAAGGAAUCUACGUCAGGUAACAGUAAAAUGGGUGACUGCGAUGGAGAAUUAUUAGUAAACAAAUUUAGAUUAGCCAAAUUAAUUUGAACCAUUUUGGAAUAAGUAUUUGGAUUGAUCGUAAUAAUGAUUUGAUCUGUAGUAAGACAUGAAGAAGGUGGUGCUGCAUUUGAGCAGGGACAUAUCUAGACCAGUGAUAGUUUUUCAAAGAUAAUAUCAUGGAAUAUCAGAGGCGUCAAUAGCGGAAAAAUCAUGUGAAAAACAACAUAGCUCUUACCGAGUGUCACUUUGUAGAGAGUUGCUGAUCUCUUAGUCAUCCAUUCCUUGACAGCUUUGCCCUCUAUACUGUAGUUGUGACCACAAUGAACAUAAUGUAUUUACUUUUAGAGGAUCAGCCUUCUCGUUGGUGACCUCUGGGUCUUUGGCUGCUCAACACAUGCUCAUUUAACUGAAAAUACAAUGCACACUAAGAUAUUGUUACAAUAAAGCUUGGAAAGAUUACAACUGUUACACCCUAAAAAUUGAAAAAAUGCAAAAUUAAGAAAAAUAAAACCAACAUAGUUUACAAGCUACACAAUUUGCUUUAUGACAUAUAGGUGGAAGUAUAGAAUAUACUGGCUUUUAUUGAAGUUCUCUCGUACGGCAUUCUACCAACACACUAGCUCUCUCUAGAUGUGUUCCUGCUCGGAUAGUAGGGGAUUGUUUGUUUUGAAACGCCACACCGACAAAAAGUAAAAAAAAUAAAAAUAAUAAUAUAUAUAUAUAUAAAUAUUGAGAUGAUUUGAGUAAUGUUAAAAUGUAAUUUAAUUGUGAAAACAUUAAGAAUGCAUAAUGAAAGUGCAUGCUCAACGGGGGAAUCCAAUCUCCAUUCUCCUUCUCAUUCUGUGUCAGGGUCUUUGCUUUGUCUCAUUGCAGUAAAGUGAUCCUAAAGUCCAUCAAUAAGACCAAAAUGGAGGUAAAGUAAUGUAAGAUGAGUUCCUGACCACCGACGUCCCAACGGAUGGGAUCGGUCCGAAUCUUGGUCCAAAACUGGUCUUGAAAAUCAUGAACAUGGUCCUAAACUGGUCCUAAUAAUGAAAGAAUGUAUAAAAUGAACCCAAAGAUCUGAAAGACUUUCGUUAAAGAGGGUCGACUGAUGCGCUUUAGGCAUUCUCUCUUAUGAACCAUUUGAUGUCUGUCAAUCAUACCAAGUCAGAGGGGUGGGGGGUUGGGGUUGUUGAUGCCUACCCAGGCAGUCCGGUCUACGAGUCCGGUCUAGGGAGUCACCAAUCGAUCCAACGCUGGCUAGCUCACUUCCACUUGUGGAGGCAUUUUCGCUAGUCUUUCUUAGUCUGCUUUUUAUCUUGUAAAAAUUACUUAUUUUGCCCUUUUUUAUUCUAUGUUACUAACAUGCUUUGAAAAACAACAACUAACGUCAUUCAUGGAAUGUGUCAUACUACUAACCAAUCUCUUUUUUUAAUGUUUAUUAACAACAACAACAACAAACUCAGCAAUGUACUAACUUUUGGUAGUUAACCAUCAUCUCUUUUUUGAGUAACUAUCGUUAUUCUGUUCACAGUUUUUAAUUUCCUUUCUCCCCCCUUUUCCACAAAGCACUCAGGCAUUGGACACGCUAUGGUAAACAAACUACAUUGUUCGGUAGAUAUCAUUCUAAUUGUUUCUUAGUUUGGGUUUGCCGUGUGUUUCUUUUCUAUAUUUUCUUACUGUAGACGUCAUUAACAAAACAAGGGGAACGGCGGUUGGUACUCUUUCUGCUUACGUUUUUACCUUUUUAUUUUGACUAUAUUUUCAUCCGUUGGUUGGUUUUCACCACUUCCUGUUAUUUUUACUUCCUGUCUCCUGUCCAAUCACAUUUUUAGGAGCAUCGUUUCGAGCCUUUUGCAUCAAGCAGUGGUUAACAAAGGAGGACCAAUGUCUGUCUCCUGCCUGGCUGGCCUGAUGCUCAUUGGCUCAGCCAGUGUUCUAUUUCCCAUUCACUCUGCAUGGCAUGCAUUCUGAAUGCUGCGCUGUACGCUGCACAUGCUCACACUUCCCGACCACUCGUCCAGUCCAGCUGUCGUUGUCAUUGGUGCUUUUAUUUAAUUUUUUUUGCACGAUCCACCAAUCAUGCGCUUUUGCAUACAUCCAACACAAGCGCAAAGUGUCGGACCAAUUUUUUUUUUCCUUAACCUAUUAAUUAACACCAUCUUGGGGAACAUUUCUUUUUGCGUGCUUGCAUACAAAAAGAAAAGACAAAAACACCUAACUUUUGUCUUUCUGAAAAAACUAAUUUCUGCGCAUUAUUAAUCAAACGCUAAACCUGUGGUUGUGGCUUCUACUUGCUUGUUGCUUUCUAUAUCUGACCCACUUGCACGCUGUUCUUUUCUUUUCUUUUUAUUAGAAAACAAACUGCUUAUUAACUUUUACUAAUAUGUAACCCUAGUGAAACUAACCUAGAUAACAUUCUACUAACACCAUUUUUGUGUCUGCUGAAAUUACUUUUGAGUUGCAGUAGGGGCUAACUUACUAACACACUUAGUCUGGGGCAACUAACUAACUUCCUAUCUAACUAGCUUUAUCAUUUCCUUGGGGGGCUAGCAGUCUACAUCUCAAACUACUAAUCCUAAACUGGACAAAAUAAACAAGAAACAAGAAAAAAAGAAAAAACAGACAUGAAAAUGGGUUUCUACAAUCUUUACCAAAAAUCUAUAGAGGAAAAACGAUACUAUCACAGACUCAGAGACUAUAUAUCAGAGGCAGAAAGCCGCUGGACUGAGAGCUCUGAUAGGCUAUCUGAGUAUAGCGUGUCCUUUCCCUGUGCUUUGUUGUCUAGGUAACUAUAUCCGUGGAUGGGAUACUGACCACCACAGGGUAUACUCAAGAAGACUACACCAUGCUAGGCUCCGACGACUUUUUCUAUGUUGGCGGGAGUCCUAGCACGGCUGACCUGCCUGGAUCACCUGUUAGCAACAACUUUAUGGGUUGCCUGAAAGAG